GGGCGAGGGCUGUUACCUUACAGAUCUUGUGACGUCGGUUUCUGGUCCGUGGUCCCCGGGAGCGUCAGACUGAGAUGGCGAGCACAGCUGCGCCUGCCCCCUCGGCCCAGGCUUCGGCCCAGCUUCGGCGCUUGGCGGCGGAGCUGCGGCUGCUAGGGGCCCAGGUGCGGGUCGGCGAGGCCCGGGAGACUUCCGAGGAGUUCGAUCGGGAAAGGUUUUGGAGAAGAUUCAAUGAGGCAGCAGUGACAGUGGCAGGGGAAGCCACGACUCUGACCACAGUCUUCCGACAGCCGCUGACCUCUUCACAGGAAACCCAGAGGAUCUGUGAGCAAGUCCAUGCAGCCAUCAAGGCACUUACUGCAAUAUACUAUUCACUUCCCAAGGGCCAGGGGAUCACCCUGAGAAAGCUGGUACGGAGCACCACUCUGGACGUUGUGGAUGGCCUGGCUCAGCUUGUGGAAGUACUUCUUGUUGCUCCAGCUCAGAGCUCUGAGAACAAUGACCUUAUUUCCUACAACAGUGUCUGGGUUACGUGCCAGCAAGUGCCUCAGAUACCAAAAGAUAACAAAGCUGCAGCUCUUUUAAUGCUGACAAAGAGUGUGGAUUUUGUGAAAGAUGCACAUGAAGAAAUGGAGCAGGCUGUAGAGGAGUGUGACCCUUACUCUGGACUCUUGAAUGCUUCUGAGGAUGACAGCUCUGACAGCCACAAUUGCGAGGGUGUGUUGGGGUUUCCCAGCAAUCGGGACGUAUAUUGGUCUGAGGAUGAUCAGGAGCUCAUAAUCCCAUGCCUGGCGCUGGUGAGAGCAUCUAAAGCCUGCCUGAAAAAAAUCCGGAUCCUAGUGGCAGAGAAUGGCAAGAAGGAUCAAGUAGCCCAGCUAGAUGACAUUGUGGACAUUUCUGAGGAGAUCAGCCCUAGUGUGGAUGAUUUGGCUCUGAGCAUAUAUCCGCCCAUGUGCCAUAUGACCGUGCGAAUCAAUUCUGCGAAACUUGUAUCUGUUUUAAGGAAGGCACUUGAAGUUACAAAAGCAAGUCAUGUGACUCCUCAACCAGAAGAUAGUUGGAUCCCUUUACUGAUUAAUGCCAUUGAUGAUUGUAUGAACAAAAUUAAGGAGCUAACGCAGGGUGAAAUUGAACUAUGAGUUUUCAGCUUCAUACAGAUUCUCCUGGGGCUGGGGAGAUGGCUCAGUAGAAUAAGUGCUUCCUGCCUCCCUCACUGUUGCUUCCAGGCUCUGAUUCUGCUUUUAAAAAUGGAUGUUGGAGCUGGGGAGAUAGCUCAGUUGAAUAAGUGCUUCCCUGGCAAGCACAAGGGCC